UUGGCCGCAAUAGCCAAAGAAGAAGUUUUAGAUUUAGAUUAUGAAGAGCCUAUAGAGCAAGAGGAAUCGGAUUCUGGUGAAAUACCUGACUCAACACCUCCUUCCCCAUCCAAAAGUGAAGUUAAAGAAGAGCGUUGCUCGUCGGAAAAGGAAGAAGGUGAAUUGGAAGAAGGAGAAAUAUCAGAUAGCGAAGAUGAAGGCGAAAUAAAAGCUAAUGGAGUAGAUGAAUAUUCAUCCAAAGGAAAAAUUCCAAUAACUAGUCGGCUAAGUAGACCGAACACGGCUAACGUGGUAGUUUCGUUUCGAAAAGAGGGUGGGUCUCGUAAGCGUAAGAAUAGAAACAAUCGGAAUAAACUUGAUAGAGACAAAGGCAAUGAAACAUCUUGGGAAAGAACGUUGCGUUCAGCAAGGGAAGCAUUGACCAGAGAUUCACAGCCUAGAGAUAGUUUUCAGCGUUCGAAAAGUAGAUCAUUGUCUCCCGAGUCUUGUCAAAUUCCAUCAUUGCUAGAUUUACAAAUGUCUCCACCUCCGAAGUUUAACUCAUCCAGGGUGGCACCAAAGGACUUGGGUCCACAAGUGAUUUAUCCUAAUGGUCAUCCAAACCGUAGAAAGAAUGAGAAUAUGCGUCGUAAUUCUGGGAAGAAUAGUUUGAAGCAUUCUCCUCGAAGAUCUCCUUCGAAACGACAACGUGAAUCUCCGGGGCUCAAAAACUCUCCUCCAGCGAAGCGUCAAGGGUUUUCACCAGUCAGAGAUGCAUCACCGAUCAGUAGUGAAUCUGAUAGUUGGACGAGAGAUGAAAAUUUUGAGUCUAAACGAAAAAAAAACAAAGCUGACAAUGUUUCUAGCAUAAUAAGUGACCCGUGGGCCAGAAAAAAAACUGUCGAGAGACCCGAUGAGGAGAGGAAGAAAAGAUCAUCUGAUCGCUCAAGUUCUUCAAGUUGCCCUGAUGAUAGAUCGAUUUCACGAUCUAGCUCGUCUUCGGAUGAUGGAAGGAGAAAAAAUAAAACGAAGUCUCCUCCUCGUGGCGACAUAAGUUACUACAGAAUUCCGAAAAAAGCCCGACAAUCUGCAGGAUCAGAUGUUUCAAGCCGGAGAUCUCGGAUCAGUGGGGAUUCGAGAAACCCUGGUCGUUCGGACUUUGACAAGUCUAAUAAAUAUGACAGGUUCAAAAACAGACGAUGCUCUCCUUCUGAACUAGUUGAGAAAAUUAGUGAUAGUGAGUCUGACAGCGAAAACUCCAAAAAACGUUCUAGUUCGGGAUCUGCAUCAUCACGAUCCAGCAUUUCUAGGUCGUCAUCACCUGCUCUUCCCGCCAAAUAUAGGGUUAAUGUCAGUAAACCUAGAAGUGCAUCACCCAUAAGUGAAGACGAUGUAGAUAGUCGGAAAAGUAGUGUAUCACCAGCAAGAAACAGUCCUGUGAAGCACAAGUAUGUGCCUGAUCCUGUGGCUGUUUCUCCCAUAUCUGAUGAUAGUCCAGAACCAGAAGAGCGUUUCAAAGAGGAAGCUACAUUGGGUAUUCAAGAAACUGUUGCAUCGAAACCUCGACCUGCAUCUGCGAGAACCCCUAGUGGAAGUCCGCCUCCUUCCUCCCCUCCAGCUAAGAAAAUAAAAGAUGAAAAAGUAGAUUCGGUUCAAGCAGAGAAAAUAAGAAGAAAACAAGAGCUUCAGGAAGAACUCAAGCAAAUAGAGGCAGAAUUAGAAAGGAAAAGAGCCUCUCAAAGCAGUUCUUCCACUUAA